CUAAGCUGUGCCCUCAGGCUCUUUUUCAUCUUGUGUACUGCCAAUCCCCCGUAACCUGGAAGCUGUUUUGCCGCUGUUACUUGCCUUGUGUUGUUGGCCAUUUCACAUAUCCAGCAAGAGACCACCUACACGUUCAGUAAACACAUUGAUAUCACACGCAUGACAUCAUGAACGCAGAAGAACGCAAAGCCGAGUUAGGCGAAGACCUUGUCGAAGCGUGUCAUCAAAAUCAGCGACAGACAGUGGAAAUUUUGGUAGACCAACGCCUAGGUUCAGCGUCAGAUCCACAGAAGUUCCUGUCUUAUCUCUUGACCGAAGCGGUCGGCUGUAAUGCACUCGACGUCGUCGCCUUCUGUCUUGAGCGUGGCACCACUGUUACCAUUCCCGUCAUGGCCCAAAUCGCCGGUGGAAGUUCUGCAGGCUACUCUUUCCCCAGUCACCGCGCGCUCGUCGAGGCCAAAGCCGUUGAUAUCAAUCACUAUAUACCGUGGUUCGGCGAUGUGCUUGGCCUGGCGGCGCAGGACAACAACCUAGAAUGGGCCCGGUUUUGCCUCGAACACGGCGCCGAUCCGAAUAUGAACAAGAUCGACGAGUACAAACAUGUGCUUGCUGCCGUGGCAGAGGAGGGCCAUGUGCAGAUGGCCGAAUUGCUUCUGCAAUACGGCGCGAAACUAGAGGGGAGUGGUGCUAUCGCCGCUGCGGGAGAGACAGGGCGUAAGGAGAUGGUGCGGUUCUUGCUUGAGAAAGGGGCCAGUGUGAACGAGCUUUCGGUGGAAUUCGAACAGGAAGAGGGCCACGAGGAGGAGGUUGGAAGUGCACUGCACAAAGCUAUUCGAAAUGGGCACGUGGAGACUGCUCUGUUUUUAGUCUGUGAAGGCGGCUCUGAUCUAGAACUCAAGGACGGACACGGAAUGACUGCCAAGGCGCUUGCUGAGAAAGGCCGUUACACGGAAUUGCUUGAGCGGAUGCGACGCAGGGAGGUGAGGGGUUGA